AUGGUCACGGUUAUCAUAGAGAGCGAAUUGGUUCACACAGAGAAGGACUUCCCGCAGAUGCUCAGAUUGAGCGAGUUCAAGGAGAAGCUUUACCGCAUCACCGGGAUAGAGCCCAGCGACAUGGACUUGGUGGUGAAGAGACAGUACGACAACAAGGAGAUAUGUCACGUGAAGAAGGAGGAAUCAGACGCGGAUUGCGACUUUCUGGCCUCCGCGGAGACGUUAGUUGUGGUGGCCACAGACACUAACGCACACUCGGUCACGAACCAACUGGCCGAGCAGGCCGAUGGACCUACACCAGCUCAGGGAAUCAGCGAAGAGGACUACUUACAAAGAGACCAGUCCGUUUUGCGAUGGAAGAUGGCCCAUGGGUACGGCAGGUUUGAUGUUGCCCAGCAGAGCCAACGUGCUGCACAGACGUUACAAGACGAGGCGUACGCCCGCGAGCAACUAACGGCGGCUAUCGGCCUCGCUUGCCGGGUCACGUCAGACGGCCGCGCGCCCCGCGAGGCCGUGCUGCGGUACGUGGGGCCGCUGCCGUCGGGCGCGACUGGCACGUGGUGCGGUGUCGAGUUCGCCGAGGCCUCGGGCAAAAACGCCGGGUGCUUCCAGGGGGUGACCCUGUUCGGGCCAGUGGCGCCGGGUCACGGAUUGUUCGUGCGGCCGAGGGCGGUGGAGAUUCUGGCCGAAAACGAAGGUGCCGUUCAUCGUGAUGAGGAGAGCGAUGGUGAAAUUUGA